AUGUCCGGCAAAGACGACCUCCCCCCAGCAUACGGCCCACCGCCACAAGCCCCGCAAGCCACCUACCCAGGCGGCUACCCGCCACCGCAGCAGCAGCAGCCCGGGUACGGAGCGCCCCAGGGCAUGGGGUACUACCCGCAGAACGCGCCUCCGCCGCAAGGCCAGUACCAGGGGGGCUACUACCCGCCGCCGCAGGGCUACCAGCCGGGGUACCAGCCGCAGGGCCAGUACCAGAACCAGCAGCAGCAGUCCUCGGGAAGCGAUAGCUGUUUAGGCAUGUUGUUCGGUGCGCUGGCGUGUUGUUGUUGUCUGGAAUGUCUGUUUUAA